AUGUCGCAGGAGAUUCACAUCGUGGCCGUCAUCGGUUGCGGAAUGAUCGGGAUGAGCUGGGCGAGCCUCUUUCUCGCCAAAGGAUUGAAGGUCAUCAUUACUGAUCCUGCAGAAGGCGCUGAACUAAGGUUCAAGAGAUACUUGGACGACGCAUGGCCCACUCUCCAGCUGCUCUUCGGGCCAAUUGACCAAGAGCUGGCCAACAACUACGAAUUUGUGGACGACAUCACCCCGAGGCUGGGCACUGUUGAUUUCAUACAGGAGAAUGGACCUGAGAAUGUAGAGUUCAAGCAGGAGCUGUUCAAAAUACUCGACCGAAAUGCUCAGUCAGAAGUUGUCAUUGCUUCUUCGUCUUCGGGCCUGCCUUCCUCCGCCUUUGUCGGACAAUGUGAAAAUAAGCCUGACCGAAUCCUUAUCGGACACCCUUUUAACCCACCACAUUUGAUUCCACUUGUCGAAGUGGUACCCCAUUCGGUUACCAGCUAUACGACAGUGUCAAAGGCCCUGGACUUUUAUCGAUCCUUGGGUAAACACCCAGUAGUUAUUCUCAAGGAAGUUCCAGGGUUUGUUGCGAAUCGUCUUCAGGCCGCCAUAAAUGCCGAAGCAUACAGCCUGAUCAGCCGUGGUAUCAUCUCGGCCGAAGACCUUGAUACAGUCGUGACAUCUGGACCAGGACUUCGCUGGGGAGUGACUGGGCCGAUAAUUACCAAUGCACUCGGAGGUGGAGGAGGUCUGGAUGGCUUCACAACAAGAAUUGAACGCCUAGGUCCUGCUAUCCGCAGGUGGGAGGAUGAUAUGCACGAGCAUCGUUUUGAUUGGAGCGAGGAAAAGUUGACAUUGCUGGAGGAUGAGGUUAGGAAGUAUCUAACCGCUGUGGAUUGGACUGAGAUGACAAGAAAGCGGGACUUCGUGCUGCUGCAAGCAUUACGAGCAAGAUUCUAA